CGCAGAAAUAUUGUUUCUUUACCCCGCCUAAGGAAGUGCGCUUGUCGCGGCUGCUCCGCGGAUCUUCUGGCUAGCUGAAGCGGUCGGAUCUAAGGCAAAGAGGCUGAGGCUUUUGCCCCGCAGCUGAUGUCUGGGCUAUAAUAGAGAUCACCCGGUGUUGGGUAGCUUCCCCUGGACUUGACCUGCUCUGUCACCCGCGUUUUGUUGUGGUUCUUGUUGCUCCGAGGAAACAUGGAGCUGUCGGCGGGACUGGGACUGAUCCUGGCGCUGUGGGCUGCCGCGGAGCCCGGGCUGGUUGAGGCGGGCUCACCUGUUUCAUUGGAUCCACCAUCCCUUAGCAUCCAAAAAUCUGUUAUUACUGUAACAGCCAAUGAUACGCUACAAAUUAAUUGCAGUGGUGAAAGAGCUUUGGAAUGGCUUUGGCCUAACAACCAGACCAGUGCUGAAAACCGAGUGACGGUGACAGACUGUAUAGACAAUAUCUACUGUAAGAUUCUCACUCUUACAAAAGUAACAGGCAACGACACGGGAGCCUACAAAUGCCUUUACCAAGACAACCAUACAAUGUCAAGUGUGUAUGUUUAUGUACAAGACGUUGCAGACCUUCCCGAUUGCCGGUCUCCGUUUGUGACUUCUGUUAGUGAUCAGAUUGGUGUGGUAUAUUUAACUGGAAACAAAACUGUGGUGGUACCGUGUCUUGGCUCCACGUCAAAUCUGAACGUAUCUCUGUAUGCGAAGUACCCGGAGAAAAUAUUUGUUCCUGAUGGCAAAUCGAUUACGUGGGACAGUCAGAAAGGCUUCACUGUUCCCACCAGCUUGAUCAACGAUGUGAGCAUGGUCUACUGCAAAACGAAGAUAGAUGGCAAAAGUUACCAAUCUGUGAUGUACAUUGUGGUAGUUGUAGGAUAUAAAAUUCAUGACCUUAUUAUGAGCCCUCCUCAGCAGGUAGAGCUGGCUGCAGGGGAGAAGUUAACACUAAACUGUACCGCAAGGACCGAGCUGAAUGUGGCAAUCGUGUUUGAAUGGGCCUACCCAUCAAGCAAGAUGACAGCAAGCAAGAAAAGCCAUGUUGUAAUCAGGGAUGCAAAGACUUCAUCUGGCAGUGAAGUGAAGAAAUUUGUGAGCACUCUCACCAUAGACCACGUGACCGUAAAUGAUGGUGGUCAAUACAGCUGCACCGCCUCCAGCAGCAGUAUGACUAAGGAAAACAGUAUUUAUGUCAUCGUCCAUGAAAAACCUUUCAUCGUUACGGGCAGAAUGCAAUCUUUGGUGGAGACAAGACUGAAUGAGCCGGCUAAGAUUCCUGUGAUAUUCAAAGGGUAUCCACCUCCAGAUGCAAAAUGGUAUAAAAACGGAAAACCCAUAGCUGCAAAUCGAACGCUUAAACUUGGCUACUCCUUGACAAUCACGGAAGUGAGCGAGAGAGAUGCUGGGAAUUAUACCAUCAUUCUGACCAAUCCCAUUAACAAAGAGCAAGAGAAGCACACCUUUCAUCUGGUUGUGAAUGUUCCACCUCAAAUUGGGGAGAAUGCACUUCUGGCUCCUGUGGAUUCAUAUAAGUAUGGUUCCACCCAAGCCAUAACAUGUACAGUAUACGCUGUUCCAUCCGUGGUCAGGAUUCAGUGGUACUGGCAGUUUGAGGAAGAAUGUACUUUCAACCCACACCAAGCUGGACUUGGGAACAAUCCUUACGCCUGUAAGAGGUGGAAAGACAUAAACGACAGAAGAGGUGGAAAUCGAAUUGAAACAGAAAAAACCCAGUUUGUCGCUAUUGCUGGGAAAAUGAAGACUGUAAGCACCCUCACGAUUCAAGCAGCAAAUGUAUCUGCUUUGUACAGAUGUGUGGCUAGUAACAAAGUUGGAGAAGGCGAGAGGGUCAUUUCCUUUCAUGUUACCAGAGGACUUGAAAUUAACCUUCAGCCUAAGAGUCAGCCAACUGAGAAGCACAAUGUCUCCUUGCAGUGUAUGGCAGACAAGUUCACUUUUGAAAACCUGACUUGGUUUAAGCUGAGUCCUCGUGCUUCCAUGGUGCGGCUUGGCAGGCUGCCUUUGCCUGUUUGUAAGAACCUGGAUGCUCUUCAGAAACUGAAUGCCACAGUUGCGAGAGCCGAUGGAGAGAACAUCACCAUGGAACUCAUGCUCCGUAACGUUUCUCUCCAGGACAGUGGGGAUUAUGUGUGCAUAGCCCAGGACAAAAAGACCAAAACACGGCACUGCCUUGUCAAACACCUCGCUAUUCAAGAACCAGUGGCACCUGCAAUCACCAGAAACCCUGAGAAUCAAACAACAAAUAUUGGUGAAACUAUAGAAGUAUCUUGUGUAGCAAAUGGAAUUCCUUCUCCACUCAUCACAUGGUUUAAAAACAACGUAACCCUUGUUGAAGAUUCAGGUAUUGUUUUGAAAGAUGGGAACAGAACUCUCACCAUACGGAGGGUGAGGAAGGAAGAUGAAGGUCUCUACACUUGUCAUGCUUGUAACAUCCUGGGCUGUUCAAAAGCGGCUGCAUUUUUUGAAGUAGAAGGCACUGAUGAGAAAACGAACCUCGAGCUCAUUAUUCUGGUUGGAACGGCGGUAAUUGCCAUGUUCUUCUGGUUGCUCCUCGUAAUCAUUCUCCGGACCGUUAAGCGGGCCAAUGGAGGAGAACUAAAGACUGGCUACCUAUCUAUCAUCAUGGAUCCUGAUGAAGUCCCUAUGGAUGAGCAAUGUGAACGUCUCCCUUACGAUGCCAACACAUGGGAAUUCCCCAGAGAUAGGCUAAAGCUAGGUAAGCCGCUUGGUCGGGGAGCCUUUGGCCAAGUGAUUGAAGCAGAUGCAUUUGGAAUCGAUAAAAUGACUACCUGCCGGACAGUUGCAGUCAAAAUGCUUAAAGAGGGUGCAACACACAGUGAACAUAGGGCACUGAUGUCGGAGCUCAAAAUCCUCAUUCAUAUUGGUCAUCAUCUCAAUGUGGUCAAUUUACUUGGGGCCUGUACAAAACCGGGAGGGCCACUCAUGGUGAUUGUCGAGUACUGCAAGUUUGGAAAUCUGUCAGUGUACUUGAGAAGCAAGCGGAGUGAUUUUGUUCCAUACAAGGCCAAUCAUGCUCGGCAAAGGCAGGGAAAUGGUGAAGUCUCUGCAGACCUGAAGAAACGCCUGGACAGCAUUGCAAGCAGCCAGAGCUCAGCCAGCUCCGGGUUUGGAGAGGAGCGAUCUCUCAGCGAUUUAGAAGAGGGGGAUGCAACAUCUGAAGAUCCUUGCAAGAACCCACUAAGCCUGGAGGACCUCAUCUGCUAUAGCUUCCAGGUGGCCCGGGGAAUGGAAUUCCUGGCCUCGCGGAAAUGUAUCCACAGAGAUCUGGCAGCUCGCAAUAUCCUCUUAUCGGAGAACAACGUGGUCAAAAUUUGUGAUUUUGGAUUGGCCCGAGAUAUCUACAAAGAUCCAGAUUAUGUCAGGAAAGGAGAUGCUAGACUACCCCUAAAGUGGAUGGCACCAGAAACCAUUUUUGACAGAGUAUACACCAUUCAAAGUGAUGUUUGGUCCUUUGGUGUACUGCUGUGGGAGAUAUUUUCCUUAGGAGCCUCGCCAUACCCUGGUGUCAAGAUUGAUGAGGAAUUCUGCAGAAGACUGAAAGAAGGAACAAGGAUGAGGGCGCCAGACUAUACAACACCUGAAAUGUAUCAGACAAUGUUGGACUGCUGGCAUGGGGAGCCCAAACAAAGGCCCACUUUUUCAGAUUUGGUGGAACAUCUGGGAAACGUAUUGCAAGCAAAUGUCCGCCAGGAUGGUAAGGACUAUAUUGUCCUCCCGCAAACUCCACUGCUGAACAUAGAAGAGGAUUCUGGGCUGUCCCUGCCAACCUCACCUGUUUCCUGCAUGGAAGAAGAGGAAGUGUGCGAUCCUCAGUUCCAUUAUGACAGCACGUUAGAACUGAGUCAGCACCGCAAAGGAAGUAAAAGAAAAAGCCGUCCUGUGAGUGUAAAGACCUUUGAAGAUGUCCCUGUAGAACCAACAGUAACAACAGUGGUUCAUGACGAUAACCAGACAGACAGUGGGAUGAUUCUCGCCUCAGAAGAGCUAAAGACACUAGAAGAUAAAUCUAAACAGCUGAUGUUGCCCUUUAGUGGUCUGGUCUCCAGUAAAAGCAAUGAGUCUGUUAUGUCGGAAGCUUCAGAUCCAACAAGUGGCUACCAGUCAGGAUAUCAUUCAGACGAUACAGACACCAUGGCGUACUGUGGUGAAGAAACAGAACUUUUAACUCUCAGGAAAGAUGCUUCUCAGACUUGCAGUGCACUGGCCUAUGGCUCUGGGAUGCCUCUUAGCUCACCUCACGCUUAGGAAACCCCCCAAAAGAAGGAAUAACUGGAACUUGCACCAAACAUGGCCUUUUUCUUGAGCCAGUGGCAUUUGAUGCCCAAAACAUCUACAUUCACCGGACUGGAAAGUGUAUGUGUUCUUUUACUGCAUCUUAUUUGAUGAGAAGGAUCCAAAGUGCUCUGUGGAAUACUGGAUCCAAACUCAUUCUUCAAGAAGCCUAUCAGUCACCACCAAGCACUGCCAGGGCUAUGCCUGUUUUAGAGUGCCUGGUUACAGUGUUGUGAACUGAGAGAUGUACAUGAAGUGGAAUAUUGACACACCACCUUUCUAUGCAAUGAUAUGAAAAUGGAAUAGUGUUCGGCCAGAAUCAUUCGGGUUUUCCAUUUCGCCAGUGCCUUCGUUGUCUUUGGGCAUCCGUCUUCAGGAAGGUGCUAUCGCUACUUUGCUGGCCUCGUUGAACUAUUUUCAUUUAUUUCUCUUCAAUUAAAGGGGCCUUCAGUCUAAAUCUUCCUGGUGGAUACUGGCAAAAAGCAGAGUGACUAUCCCUCUUACUGAAAGAGGACAUGUUUUGCUGAUCAGCUGAGGUUCUAUCAGUGAAUGUUUCACACUGAAACAGACAAUUCUGUCUUGGCUUGGUCAGCACAUAUAGGCUCAGCUAAAUGACCCUGGAGUUUUACCUUAUGUUUUCGUGAUCCUUGUUUAUUUGGUCGCUCUUGAUUUACAGAACAGUGGUUCUUGCUGGGGAGAGGGGAAAUCCUGAUGUAGUGCCAAUGUAUCCCAGCAAAUAGCAUUAUAAGUAAGCUCACAUGUAUCACAGACAUGUUGCUUAACCAGCUGCUCAGAUUUUGACUGAUGCUUUUCAAUCUAGGAGUUGUUAGAAAGUUUUCUGUGUGUUUGUAUGCCAGAGUUUUUAACACGUGCUGUAAAUUACAAUAUUUCUUUCCUUUAAAAAAAAAAGACAUUGUGAAACUAUUUUGACUGCUCUUACUUUUGUAUUUUUUUAAUUCAAUACUUGUAUAGAAUUUCAAAACUUGGGAAGCUAUGAGUUAUCAGAAGUGGCACAUAGAGUAUUUAUAGCCUGGUUGCGUAGAAAGAAAUGUAAUAUAUUGUUGAAAUAAAUAUAUGUUAUAUAUAAUGAAA